AUGUUUGGUAAGGUGAUUGUCUUAAUCAUGUCAAUAUUAAGUCUUAUUCUCAUUUACAAUUUUAUUAGGAUUUCGCUUGUUUAUAAAAAUAAAUAAGAAGUCGAUCAAAUAUUAACAUACUUGAACAAAUACUUAACAACACAUUAUUAUGAUCCUCCAAACAAUCAUUCAGCAGUAUAAAUAUAUGAUUAAGAUGAUAGUAUAAUUCAAUUUUAGUGCAACCAGAAUUUGAUUAUUGCAAAAGGUCAGAUUUAUACAAAUUUUACCAUCCUGAUGUAAUAAUGACAGACACAUAUACUUUUAGAGAAGCUAAAGGAGUGAUCAAAAAUGCUUUGAGAUCAUCUUACUAUGAUUGCAUUCCUCAAAUGUAUCUUAAAUUAGGGAAUUCUCAAAGUAAUCACAAUUUAUAAAAUAUUGCUAGCUUUGUCAAAGCAUGUGUUACCAGAACAAUUAACUUUACCAUUCACAUAUUAUGAUUAAUUAAUACAUAAAUUCAAAGUAGGAUAAGGUAUUGAUUAUUAGAUAAGCUUUUAGCAUCUCUUUGCUUGUUCUAAAAAUACAACCAUUUACCAUCACGACACGUUCUUUCUCAUAAAGACAACCUUAUGAAUAAUUAAUAUAAAUACAUAGAUUCUUUAAGAGAUAAAGGAAUUGAUUAAGAAUGUAUUAAUAAUGCAACCUUCAUUCCCAAAACCUAUCGUCUAUUUUAGAAGUAAGAUUGUAAAGAAUUUUUUGAAUAUUUAAAUUCAAAUGAAUAUUAAGAUAAAAUAGCUUAAGAAGGACCCUAAUUUAUAACCAAGGUGGGUUUAGAAGUUCAUAGAGGUAGAGGUAUAAAAGUAUUAUUUCCUGAUGAAACUAAGAAAUUAUAGGAAACUUAUAAAAAUGGUAAGAGAUGUGGAGCAGAUCAUUCUUUAUUAGUUGCACAAUAAUACAUAGGAAAUCCUAUGUUAUAUAAAAAUCAUAAGAUUGAAUUUAGAAUAUAUUGGGUGUUGGCUUCAACUAAUCCAAUUAUUGCUUAUGCUUAUGAUAAAACUUUAAUAAGAAGAUGCAUAGUUCCUUUUGAUAAAUUCUCUUUGAAUAAAGAAGCUCAUGUAUGUAAUACAGCCAUAGUGAAAAGUACUCUUAAAUAACGAAGAUCAGAUUUAGACUUAGAUGAUGAAAAUGCUGAUGAAUCUGAAUUAUUUAUAGAUUGGAAAUUAGAUUAUUUAUAAGAUUUAUUGUUAAAAUAAGGAAAGAUUAAGGAUCGUAAAUGGCUUUAAAAUUAUCUUUAUCCUACAGUUGAUAGAAUGAUUAUACAUGCUAUAAAAUCCGUUGAAGGAUAAAUAACAAGAGAUAGUAGAUUAGCAGAGUUCUUUGCUGCUGAUUUUAUUUUAACAGAUGAUUUAAAAAUUCAUAUUAUGGAAAUCAAUUAUAAUCCAUAAACAUUAAAGACUACAUUAGCUAGAGAAAAAUAACAUACAAAAAUGACUUAAGAUAUGAUUGAUAUUCAAAAUGCAUAUUUAAGAAGUAAGUAUAUAAGAUUUAAAAAAAUUAUUUAUAAAAUCUUAGCUAAAAUGAAAUAUGAUAAAAGACCUCUCGAUUAUAUUAUUACGCCAAAAAAUUUAGAAGAAAUAAACUAAGCUUAUAAGGAUAAAUUAGAUUAAGGAAUUAAAUUAAGAGAUGAUAAUCUUUUCAGAUUAGUCAUGGAUGAAAAUUUGCCUGGGACUAAAAAAUAUAAAGAUUUAAUAUAAACCAAAUGCUUAUCACAUAUAUGA